AUGCCGUGGAUUAGGCUGGAGGCGGCGAACGGUCUGAGGGUCAUGGCGCCGUCGUUUAGCCCCCCGCCUCGCAUGGAGGGAAUCGACAAGUUGUUUGACUACCCUGUCCACGCACGCUCCUUUCACUGCUUCCGCAGCUGCACCGCGCCGGCGGCAAAGGGCGCCGACGGUGACGGCGGUCCUCGCCUCGAGGAGGAGGUGCUUGUGCUGCUGCAGCGCCAGCAGGUGGGCGGGAAGCUGGGCGAGGUGACCAUCGCCGUGGGUGGCUCGGCCGCCUCGCGUGAGGCGUUGACGGUUGUACUCGAUUCUGCCCUGGAGGCCGUUCGGCGCACAAACUACAGUGGCACACGCCUUAUUUUUGACGCGCUCUGCACAUCCGCGCAUUCUGCCCUCACCGCGGACGAUGAGGUGGUGGAGUACGAUGGCCUGCCAGCGGCGCACGAGUCGCUCUGGGAAGAGCGACGCGUGAGUGAUUGGCGUGGCUCAGACGAGGCGCCUUCCCAGAGGACGCGGCGUGCGGCGUCGCACCCCUCGCUAUUUGCCCGGCGCAGGGCGCUGCUUUUCUUUGUGGCGCAGGACGCUGUUCCUGUCAGUCUCCUCUACUGUCGGGUGUCGGGCGUGAAGUCGCACGGGUGCGUCGCCAGCGUCGCCGGCACCCCCCAGCACAUUCGCAGGGACCUUCAAUCGCUUGAAACCGCCGCCGCGCGUGCUUGCAAGUGUCUUGUGGACGUCAUUGACCGCACACUUGUGGCGGCCUUUGCGGUGAAGGAGAGUGCCGCGCAGCAUCACUCGCUCUGGCGAGGGAAGUUUGAUCAACUCCCAUUUGUUGCAGUGUUUUCAAUGGGCGGCCUCCUCUGCGCCUCGCCGUUGUUUUUUCAACUAACGGACCAUUGCGAUAGACUCUUGAUGGCCGCGGUGGCGGUUGACCAGCUGUGUCGUUGGCCCACCGAGGCGCGCCCAUCCGCCCCGGCUCCGCUGAUGCACGUAUGUGAGCUUUUGCUGAAGUGCGGGAAGGACGAGGUGGUGCUGCACCUCCUCUUCCUCGGCGUCGGCAACGCCGUGUGCUGCGUCUUUGCCUUCCGCACGGCGGGCGAGGGAAUAUUGUGGGAUACCGCGCGGCUUCUGCAGUUUGUCAACGAGCACCUCAGGACGCCGCGGGCCGCACUCACGCUGGCCGCGGGGGCAGUCGGUGGCGGCGCGGAGGGCACGUGGAAGGAGGUGACGCGAGAGUUUGGCCCGCACCUGCUACUCUGCACGGCCUCGAUUUACCCCACGCCGUGGUUUCACCGUCUACUGUACGAAAUGAACCGACUGGAGGAGGAGACGCCCAAAACGGCCCUUCUGGGGAAAAAUGGCACGCCCGGCAGCGCGGGUUUGCCACCGAGGCUGCAGGGCUCCUGCAGCUGCUUUCCGCUCUUUGGACGACAUGAGACGAAGGCGGCGGCCUCCACGCCGUUCGUGUGGCACACAGACACCGUUGACCUCCCUCUAGAUGUGGCGUGGUGUGUUGCCUCCAGCCACGUCGUCAAGGCAGAGGCAAGCGCCUGCAGUAAGGGCCGUGACUUGGGACAUUACGCCCUCUUUUCGAUUAUCUCCAGCGGCACUGAUAAUACGCGGGAGACGGGACGCUACGGCGUCGGCUGGUUUCACCAUUGCUGGCGCGGCACAUUAAACCUCGGGAGCUGCUGCACUGAUGACAACGACAGCAGCACCCACAGCCACUGCGCCCAUGAGGCGGAUCCAACGAAGUUUUUGCAGGGCUUUUCGUCUAUUGGGGCGGGGCCGCGUGCGCCGGUUUUGUUUGAAGUGCGAGAGGGAGGGGGUGGGUUGUUUCACCGAAGUCCUCGGCUGGAGGCUCGCGCCGGAGACGACGCACCCGUGUUCGCGUCCCAUAUGCUGACCUUCCCGUACUCGUUGCUGUUUGAGGAGGAUGGGGCUGAGGAAGCCCCACCGCCGGACGACGCCCAGGCGACGCCGCAGAUGACGGCACUCUACACUAUGGCGACCCACAAGGUAAAGGGCUUUGCGUGCGAGGCGGUGCUGCAGGAGAUGCUGCUGAUGGAAGGGGAUUUGACCGGAUGCGAGGAGGAUUUGGUGGCGACGCUGCUGCGGCAGCGGCGAGCAAAGCCGAGCAACGAAGCUUUUCUCUCAUGCCACGAGGCAGCACGCUGCGUCCUUGAGGACGUUUGGCGUGGCUCAACUGCAUAG